CCAACAAAAAAGUUUUGAGAUUAAUAUGUCCACACUACACCUAGAAAUUUCUAGCCUUACAUUCAGAAUUCAGAGCCAAUCCAAAUAUUCAAACCAGAGAGACAGAGAGAGAGAGCGUGCAGCCACGACAACAAAGACAAAGAACAGCACGUUGCAACGGCCGCCGGUCGGUUGGUCAUCUUCACCAGUUUUAGUAUACACUGCGACUUAUACCUUUCUCUCGAAUCCAGUGAAAGCUCAACCCAAAACCCAUUGACAUAUCCUAAGCUUCAUUAAUUUUCUGAGACAUUUUCUUUCCGAUCGAUUCGAUCCCUAGCUUUCUCGAUCCAUCGGCAGCCUUUGAGAUAGAAAAUUAAUUAGUGAUGAGGACGCUGUGGCCGAGCCUGGAGGGAGAGGACGGGCUGGAGACGGUGCUGGAAGUGCCGAUCCCGGAGGAGAUGUUCGGUUCCAACCCAAUCAAGAACGGCGGCUACCCCAGAUCCGGCUGGCAUAAUAUGAAAUCCUGGGUUAAGCCGUAUAUCAAUCCGGCCGAGCAUAAGUCUCUGCCGCCGCAGCCUUCCCCCGUUUUAGGCGGCAGCCGCAGUGCCGAGAUCCAGCUUCUGCUCGGAGUCGUCGGGGCUCCUCUCGUCCCUCUUCCCAUCUCCUCCGCCAGCCCCACCAAGCCAAACGUCAAGGACCAUGCCAUUGAGGCUUCGAUGGCGAAGUACAUUGUGCAGCAGUAUAUAGCGGCGACGGGGGGAGAGAAGGCGCUGAACGCGAUUGAUAGCAUGUACGCUGUGGGGAAGGUGAAGAUGGGGGUGUCCGAGUUUGUCGCCGGAGAUGGGUUGACCAGCUUGGGAUGCAACGGGUUGGGUGGUGGCGGUGGUGGGAAGGUGAUGAAGAUCAAGGGAAUCCGGCAUGGCCGCGGAGAGGUGGGAGGCUUCGUGCUGUGGCAGAAAAGGCCGGAGCUUUGGUGCCUGGAGUUGGUGGUUUCCGGCUGCAAGAUCAGCGCCGGCAGCGACGGUAAGGUGGCAUGGCGCCAGACCCCUUGGCACCAUUCUCACGCCUCUCGUGGUCCGCCCAGACCUCUUCGCCGUUCACUUCAGGGUCUUGAUCCGAGGACUACUGCCAAUUUGUUCAGCAACUCAGUCUGCAUCGGCGAGAAAAUCGUCAACGGGGAAGACUGCUUCGUGCUGAAGCUCGAAGCGGAGACAUCGACUCUCAGAGCCAGAAGCAGCAGCAACGUGGAGAUCAUCGGCCACACAGUCUGGGGCUACUUCAGCCAGCGAACCGGCCUCCUCGUCCAGCUCGAAGACUCGCACCUCCUCCGGAUCAAAGCCGCCGGAAGCGACAGCGUCUUCUGGGAAACCUCCAUGGAGUCGCAGAUCCAAGACUACAGGGCCAUCGACGGCGUCGUGAUCGCUCACAGAGGCAGAACCGCUGUUUCGCUGUUUAGGUACGGGGAGAGCUCCGAAAGCCAGUCGAAGACUGAAAUGGAAGAGGUCUGGUCAAUCGAGGAGGUCGAUUUCAACAUCAAAGGCCUGUCGAUGGACUGUUUCUUGCCUCCGGGGGACCUGAAGAAGGAGGAGGAAGGCUGUGGGGUGGCAGCGACCGGCGUUAGUGUGCGCUGGCCGUUCGGCAGGGUUCCGGCGGCGGCUGGCAAGGUUGGAGUUUCGAAGGUGGUGGCUAUUGAUGAUACGGAUCGAAGAGUCGAAAAUCAUCAAGUAAUGUAAAUUAUUGAUUAAUUAUUAUUCUUCGAAUUUCUUUGUACAUACAUAUAGCGUUUAGUUAGUAACUGAGGCACACAGGUGGUAGUGCUAAUUAAGCAUCCAGUUUGCUGUGCCUCUUUGCUCAUUAUAAGACACUAAGUACCAGCAAAUCUACAAAUCUUUUUAUAAAUGAAAUUACAAUUUCUAAA